CUCUUUCCUUGCCAGACUUACCAGAAUGUUCGUUACGUAGGUGGAAUUUGCAUUGCUCAUUUUGCUUUUAACAUUCAAGCGAAGAGGAUCGGAGUGAAAUUUUGUUAGUUAUUGAAUGCAGGAGAAUUGUCAGCAUUUUAAUCAAAAGAAAAAUGCCCGUGUCCGGUUGCGGCAGUUGUGAGUUGGUGAUCUUGGCUGUCAUUAUCACGGCGUUUGGACAGACUUGCGGCAGCCCGUCCGUCAACAAUUACUGCGACCCAGGUCGCAAGUGGCGGAGCUGGGGCAAUUCCUGCUACCGCUUCACCGACCAGAGGGAAGUGUACAGUGAUGCCAAGGAAAGAUGCAAGAGCCUGGGAGGUGAAAUCGCAGCUCCUCGCUCAGCCGAAGAAAAUCAAUGGUUCGUCGAGUUGGCAGGGAACGUUAAAGAGUUGUGGAUUGCUUGCACCAAAGACGGGGAACAAUGGUUUUGCAAUGGUCAGAAACAAAACUUCACUAACUUGUUUAGAGAGGUACACAACGAGCAGCAACGCUGUGCAUCUUUGUGUGUAAACCGAGGAGAGCCUGACUGCGCACUGGGUAAAUGGUUGCCUGUAACAUGUGAUGCCUCUGCUAAUCAUUUUCCAGCGAUCUGCAUCAUUCGCCCGAGCAGUCAGCCCAAGUAUUGUUUCCCCAUUGGCGCGAAUGGUCAGCUCUUACAUGAGUCUCUGGUCAACCACAACAUCACGGAGCUGACCACGCCUACCGUCGUCGGUUGCGGCAGGGCUUGCGCCGACGAGCCCCAGUGUCGCUCCUUCAACAUCAUGCGGGACGGUCAGACGCUGCUUUGCCAACUGAACAACGCCACCCGUAGUGAUGAGCCUACUGAUUUUUAUCAAAACACUGACUAUUUCUCAAUUUAUUCUGAUGACAUUUGGGUUGAACAUUUCGCCAUAACAUUCUCCCGUAGGACUAUUAAGAAGUCGUCGACUGGAAUGGUUUUGCUUAAAACUUUAAAGGCGAAUCAUGAUUUUUGGAACUGUUAUAAUUGUUUUAAUGCUAUGAAAGUGUAAGUAUAUACAACUAACAUGUGAGAAUUCAUUUCAAUUGGGUGGUAGUGUUUUUGGGACAUCGCCGAAAAUCUAGAGUGGUUUUGUCCGGAAGAAUAUUAUAUUCAUGGUUUAUUUAUUAAAAACACUUCAAUACAGCCGCAGCGGCUAAAAGCCGAAGUGCACAGUUAACAAAAAAUAAUCCAAAUAGUCACCCAAUCUGAGAAACGUUUCGUUCAGAUGAAAUGUUUUUGAAUGAUUUCUCUCAAAUUAAGAAACAAACAUCAUGAUGACUGCUAAAUGUUCAUUUGCAUUUUGCUUCAAGGCUUGGGGACAAAUAAAUAAGAGGAAUAUCAUAUCAUUAUUCGCUUUACUAUUUACGCUUUUCAGAAAGAAAUUUUUAUCCACACACAUUUUGAAAGUUUUACUGCACCAAUUUUGAUCUUUUAAAUAUUACAAUAUUUGACGUUUGAAUAUUAAUAUUUUGAGGCAGACAGGGGAACUAAGGAUGGAACUGUGCCUUUGAUGACACAAGCAUUGAAUUUGGAACACAGUCAGAGUAUGUCUAGAGAAAGAUAAUUGGCUAAAGGGCAUCGCAAAUUUGUCCUUAUAAAAAAAGGAAACAAAUAGGAAAAUUAAAAGCAUUAUUCCACUUAUUUUUUGAAGGACAAAAUUAAUCUACGAUGGCCUUAUUGACAAAUAUCUUUCAUAUGACAUACUCCGACUGUGUACCAAAUGCAAUGCGUGUAUCAUCGAAGGUACAAACCCAUUACAUAUGCCGUACUAGUUCUGUCUUGACCUUACAUCGUAGGUGAGAACAAAAACUUUAAAGAUUUUAAAAAGCUGCUAGAAUGGUUUAAAAUUAUGACCAUGGUGGGAAAUUAGCCUUCAAUAGUUUUAUCUGAAUUGGACCAAUUGAACUUAAAUUUUCAGAAGUUUGUUAUCAAUUUUAGAUAAAGGUUUCCCGUCAUGGUUUUCUUUUUGUUUGCCUAGCAAAAUUUGUAAAGCUUAUUUGCGACUUUUAAGCAUUUCAGUAAACUUUUGUCAUAAUUAAGAUAUGAAGGAAUAUCAAUAAAGAGCAAACUUCAUUGUUGCAAACUG